AUGACAUUACCAACACCACAUUACGAUCUCAACCUGCCUGAUGAUGUAUAUCCGCCUUCUGAAGACACUUUCUUGUUUUUGGACGCUUUGGAAAAGGAUCAGGAGGUAAGAGUGAGGUAAAAUACCCGGAGACCCAAAAAAUUUUUUGGUUCACAGGUAACUAGCUACUUGUCCUCACCCGAUUUUUCGAAAAAAUUUUUUUUUGUUUUUUUACGUACAGGUACCUACUCAGAAUUAGGAACAACCUAAUAGUUUUAAAACCCGAUAAAAGUUUUUAAACAACCUAAUAUAAAUUUAACAGCUUAUAAAUAACACAUUUUUAGUUCAUAACAAUCGUGGUAAAGCCCUCACUAGCUGUUGAAAUUGGCUGUGGCUCAGGAGUUGUCUCAUCCUUCUUUCUAAACCUGCCAGACCUAAAACCAAAGCCACAAAUAUUGUGUAUUGAUAUAAAUUUGAAUGCUUUAGAGGUGACGAGAGCUACAUUAAAAUACAACAAAGUUACAGGACAAUUGAUACGAAGUAACUUACUAAAUGGCUUGGAAAUGGAUGGUAAAGUAGAUAUAUUACUGUUUAAUCCACCAUAUGUACCUACAGAAGAGAAGGCGUACGAUAAUUUAGUGGGUUUUUUCUAUUUGAAGAUGACUUUUUAUAAUUAGAUAGAAAAUGAAAAAAAAAUUUAAUUAAAAAAAAAUUUUUUUUUAAUUUUUAAAAUUUAAAAAUUUCAGUCCAGAACAUACGCUGGAGGCGCCCAUGGUAGAGAGGAGCUAGAUAGGCUGUUACCUCGUAUUCCAAAGCUCCUUUCCAAACCUAAUGGCACCUUUUAUUUGAUAGCAUUGAAACAAAAUGACAUUAAAAUGCUCUGUGAUGCACUGAAACAAGAUGGUAUUGUUGGAACGGUGCUAAUGGAACGACGAUGUGGGAUUGAACAUUUGUACGUUUUGAAAUAUACUUGGAAUAAAUUAUGACAUUUUUAAGUUUUGACUUCAUUUUUCUUUGGUUUUGACUUGUUUUGGUCUUAGAAAGGAUUUUUUACGCUUAGGAAGGGCUUUUAGUACAUUAUGUAGUUAGGCUAAACCAGGUUUGAAUUAGAAAUAAACAUAGAAAUAAGUUGUUCUGUAAAAACACUGUUGCAAGUUGUAUACAUAGUAGUACGUUUUAUUUCCGUUUGUUAGCUUUACAAUUCUUCAUUAAAUGAUCUCUCCAGCCAAUGUCAUUGUCAGGUUUUACAUCUUCAUAACACAAUGGACAUCUACCAGUGUUUUCGGGGAGUACUGUAA